GUUAUCAUGAAACUAUUGGCCCUAAAGAAAGUGCUGUCUGGGUUGAAGAAAGCCCAUUACAUAGUUUAGCUUGUAGACGGUCAUUAGCACCUCCAGGAUAUAGUCAAGAGGAUCCAUUAGGUCUCAGUACAGAAGGUUCUGAUAAUAAAUUUCCAGAAGAUGAUCUUAGAGAAUUAUUUCCCGAUAGUUGUGGAGAUUUGUCUUCAGAGCAGUUUAGUGCAGCUUGGUUUUUAUUAGAAAAUCAUCAGAAUACUUCAUUUGAAGAUUUAAAAGCGAUUAGCAUUUUUAAAAGAAAAGUAGAAGCUCAAAAAGAAGGACAACUGUCUUUUCUUAAAGCUAAUGCAGGCUCUGUAUUAGAGCAGUUAGAUACUCUAGAAGCCUUAAGAAUAAAAUUUGAUGAAGAUGUUUUGAAAUAUGGAAAUGAUCCUACAGGUCCCCUACAGAAAGCCAUACAAAAGUCAAUUGUGGAAGCAGAGUCAAUUUUCAAUGAAGUAUUAAACAGAAGAGAAAAGGCUGAUGCUACCAGGAAUGCCUUAGGUGCAUUAAAUCGGCAUAGAAUGCUUUUUCUUUUGCCUUGUGAAUUACAAAAAUAUGCUGCACGAGGUGAUUAUGAUAUGCUGGUUAAUGAUUAUGCUCGCGCAAGAAACCUUUUUGGUAAAACAGAAGUGCCUGUUUUUAAACAAGUGAUGGAGGAAGUUGAUAAAUGUGUAGAAACUAUUAGAGGAGAAUUAAGAGAAAAAUUAAAAGAAAUGCCUAGCACAAUAGAACAUCAAAAAAAAUUAAUCAGGGCUUUAGUGCAUCUAGAAAGUGGAGGAGAUCCUGCUUGGGAAGCACUAAAUAGUAGAUCAAUUUAUUUGGAUCAUUGCUUAGAUAAAUGCUGUGAAGAACAUCUUGCUAGUGAAGCAGAUACGAAGACAAAAUCACCUCGCAGUACACCAGCUCAAUCAGUUCCGCCUAAAGUGUUAUUUUGUGAAGAUUUAACAGAAUGUGCUGCAGGACAAUUACCAGAUUUAUGGCGUUUGGACAAGCUUAUUUUAAAGGUGAAUUACAAGUCUCUCUCGGAUACAACCAAACCAGCAACAUUCAAAGUAAAUAUUUAA